CCGUACAGGCGGCCUUCUAACGUGACUGGAGCUCGGGUGGUAUGAAGAACCACAAACAGAUUUAAAAACAUCAUUUUUUUACAAUAACAUUUUGUUUUCUUUUCGACGGAUAUACAGAAAGUAAACACAUUUAAAGACUGCAGCUGUUUCAGGGACAAGUGCGGAAAGCUUCGAUUACGGCUGAUAUUUACGACAAAAAUAACGGAGCAGUUCUAGAGGCAAAGUUGUCCGGAAAGAGUUCUAUAUCAUGUGAUAUGAAUAUCACGUGUGCGGAAAACUGCGGAGGUUUCCAAUGUCUCAAAACAAAACCACAAGGAAAUUAGAGAAAAAAGCAGAUACGUCCAUUCAUCUUCAGUCUUCGUCUGUGAAAAGCAGAAAUGUAGGUGAAGAAAGAAGAGAAAAAGAAGCUGGAAGUCGCAUCGCAUCCUCAAGUCUGACGAGAAAUGUUAGAGAGAAAAAGUCAUCCAUUCCUCCAUCUCUUUCCACUUCAUCUUUUUCCCCGCCCAUUUUCAGAAAGCCUCCUCCUACAGAACAUGCCUUUGACCCAGAGCUCCGCCCCUUUGUGCUUUCCACACACUGCGACGCCCUCUUCGCCUCACUGCGAGGACUCCAGGAGGAGGGGCUUUUGCUGGACUGCAGUUUAAAACUCCUAGCCAACUCCCACAAGGCUCACCGAUUGGUGCUUGCCGCUGUCAGUCAAAGGGCAGAGGCGUGGCUGAUAUCUGGAGAGGCGGGGCUUAAGGAAGUGGAGCUGGAUGGAGGAAGGAUGACUCCUGCAGGACUGAAGGCUGUACUGGAUUUCAGCUACAGAGGAGAAGUGGAAAGAGGAGAAACAGAUGAAGUGCUGGAAGCCUGUAGGUGUUUAGGGGCUGACAGACUCGAGCAACUGUGUGGCAAAGACGCUGUGGUCAACGGGAGCGAAGAGAGGGAAAGAAGCCUGCGGGUCAUACGAACACUGUGGGAGAGAAACGCUGGGUGUGAUGUCAUCUUACAGACAGACAGUGGAGACCAUUUUGCUGCCCAUCGUGUCAUAUUAGCAGCAGGUGCGGACUACUUUCGCGCUCUGCUCUGUGGAGGGUUACGGGAGUCCAGCGAGGGCGUGGUGUUACUGCGCGGCGUGACGUCAUGGGUGCUGCGCAAUCUGCUGGACUUCAUUUACUCCGGCCGGCUGAACCUGAGCUUCAAGAAUGUGUGGGAUCUGACAGAAGCAGCUUUACAGUUUCAGCUGCAGGGGGCACUGUCACUGUGCUUAAAUUUUCUGCAGGAUAAUAUGGAUGAAACUUCUUGUUUGGAUAUUCUGGCUUUGGCUGAAGCCUACAGUCUGGAGGAUCUGGGCAGACGGGCAGAGGACUAUGUUUUAGCCAACUUUCAGAGGGUUGCGAAGGGGGAGAAGUUCAGGGAUCUGCCCUGUGUCCAGCUGCAGCGUCUGCUGGAGAAAGAUGCGCUCAAUGCAGACAGUGAGCUGGCUGUGUUCAGAGCUGUGGUGAACUGGGUGGAGGAUGAUAAAGACCGGCGACUCUCUCAUCUUGCACGACUGAUGCAGAGCAUUCGGUUCGCUCUCAUGAGACCGGAGGAGCUGCAGGAGGUGCAGGACUGUAAGCUGCUGCUCAGGAGUUCAGGAGGGAAAACAGCGCUGGAAACUGUGAAUAAUCUCCUACAUGGUGAUCGGAGAACGUCGGACUGCAAACCGCGCACUCCAAACCAGGUUUUGGUCCUUGUUGGUGGAGACUGUGUGAAUGAGAAUUUCGAGCGCCGGGAGCCAAACCUGUGCCUGUGGUUCGCUCGGCGCUUCGUGCGCGGAGAGGGACUCAUCCGAACCAUCGAGUGGAAAGCUUUAGCGCACCUCCCCGAACCGCCACGCUUCCGGCACUGCGUGUGUGUCCUCAACAACACGCUCUAUAUCCUUGGAGGCCGGAAGUACUACGGUGCCCUGGAUAUAAUGAAGACAGCGCUGAGAUUUGAUCCUGCUCAGGGCAGAUGGGAACGUCUUCCUGACAUGUCCAGACCCAGGGAUUACUUUGCCGCUGUGUGUUAUAGAGGGAAGGUGUUUGUCCUGGGUGGAAACUGCGAUGACAUGAACUGUCUGGACUCAGUGGAGUGUUACAUACCUGAGGACAACACCUGGAGGUUGUCUCAUCCUCUGGAUGUUCCUCUCUGCGGUCACGCCGCGGCCGUGUUGAACGGAGAGAUGUUCGUGUCGGGCGGUUGCGACUCUCAUCUGCGCUGUUAUCCGUCUCUGUGGCUCUACGACCCGGUGCACGGCUGCUCAAAACGCGCACCCAUGACAGCAGGAGCGGGACGGGCAGGUCAUGUGAUGCUGGUUUCGGGACACCGAUUAGUCGUGGCUGGGGGGUUGCAGCCAAUGUGGGCGGGCUAUGGAGACCAAAUGCAGUGCGAGUCGUAUGAUCCCGUUCAUGACUCCUGGACGUCUUUCCCCGUGCUGCCCCGACCGCACCUCUCACCUGCUGCAGUUGCUCUUGACGGACAGCUGUAUGUUUUGGGAGGGUCGUCGGCUGAUUCGGCCCGUGAUAUGCCCUGGGUGCACCGUUACGAUCCACAGGCAAAGUGCUGGGACAAACUUGGAGCAAUGCCGCGACCAUACGCAGAUCUCGCCGCAUGCGCUUUACAGCUUCCGAUCAGCCUGAAGAGCUGACGGGAUGGCUGAAGUAUAAUUUUAAUGAUUUUUUUUUUUUUUUUUUUUUUUUUUUUUUUUUUAGUUUAUCCAAAUAUUACUAAGACUUCCUGGGAUUGUUCUGUCACUUACACAGAAAUUUGUAAGGGUGAACAAAAUAAUGUUAACCACCUGACUGUGCACACUUACCAACAUUCAGUACUAUUGAAUAAACCUCAUAUAAAAAUUAAUAUUCAUAAGGCAAGUACAGCUGGGGGGAAAAAUCACUAGAGCUGCAGGAAAAUGACAUCAUGUCACCACUGAUUGGCUGAUAUAAUUGCAACUGCAUCAGAGAUGCUUUAAACUCAACUGUUGUCAUGACAGAGUAUAUAUUUCAUUAUCUAUGAUUUCAAAAUUUCAUUGAUUUUCUAUACUUAGAUUAGUUUCCUGCUCUUGUAAGUCAUAUGCAAAUACAUUUACACUGCAUGCACAGUUUCAUGCUAUAUUAUGUAGGCCUAGCUUCUGCUGCUCUCACAGUGUAAAAAUGGCAUAAGUGAAUGUGUACAUAAAUUCUAUUAUUAUUAUUAUUGUUUUUUUUUUUUUUUUUUUUUUUUUUUAAAUCUGCCUUUAACCCAUGUCUAAGUCAUAGUCAUUGCUGGACUGUAGGUCCUCAUAUGGAUGUUGAAUGAAAAAGAAAAAGAAUAAAGAGAAGAAGAUAAAAGAGAGAAAGAGGUUAGAGUAGCAUUUAAUGUGGAACUCCAGUGAAUUAAAUUUACUGUGUUAUAUAGGUUGACAUCAUAUAAAGAGAGAGCAGCGUCACCUGUGUACAUAUUGAAAUAAUGUGGAUGCUGUUUGUGCCUCCACAAUUAAAGAGCUGAGUGUGUUAUUGCUGUUGUCUUUUAUCUGCAUGUGCUUUUACAUUGUGUGCAUAGUGCUCAUGACACAACACAUACUGCAUGUGUUAUGGAAACGUAUUAUAUAUUGUGAAAAUAUUAAGUUUGGGAUGCAGAAAUAAGCUGUUGAUUACUGACAGUAUUGAAGCUAAAAGUGAAAACAACAUGCAAAUGUUGAGGUGGAUUUUUCCGGUGAAGCUGCUUUGGAAAUGCGAUACUUCAUUAUGGAACAUACAGACUCUUGAAUCUCCCCAUCUUGGCGC